UGAUGUCCACUUUUCAACCCUUUUUCCUCCAAUACAUGAGUGCUGUGCAUCCGUACAACAUGAACACAAUGUAAAAGUUCAGCCUGUAGAAUGGAUGGUUAUGGGAUUUGCUGCAUUUAUAUUGGGAGUAAUUAUCUGUGUGGGCUGUGUGAAAUGUUGUCUUGGAGACGAAACAAAGUCUAAUGUACAGCUAGUGAGUCAGCGACACAUUCAUCAGAAUGAAUGUAACUUACAGCAGCCUGUAUCAUUACGGGCCUCAUCUCCAAUUCCUACCAAUACAGCAAGGCCUACAUCACAUCCCUAUACAGCUACUGCACAACUAGUGAGUCAGCGACACAUUCAUCAGAAUGGACAUAACUUACAGCAGCCUGUAUCAUCACGGGCCUCAUCUCCAAUUCUUACCAAUCCAGAAAGGCCUACAGCACGUCCCUGUCCAGCUACUGCACAACUAGUGAGUCACCGACACAUUCAUCAGAGUGAACAUGAUGUAAGGCAGCCUGUAUCAUCACGAGCCUCAUCUCCAAUUCCUAUCUGUCCAGAAAGGCCCACAGCACCACCCUGGCCAGCUGAUAUGCAACUAAUGAGUCAGCAGCCCAGUCAGCUGAAUGUCCAUGGUCUGUGGCAGUCUGAGUCAACGCUAACGCCAGUUCCAGUUGUUAUCUGUCCAGAAAGACCUACAGCACCUCACUGUUCAGAUGCAGAUUCACCUCCUCCAUAUGAAGUAGUUGCACCACCUCCAUAUGAAGUGACAGUUGCUAGUGGAAGUUACGUCUUGCAGGUUACAUAUAACUCUGAUUAAAAACAAUAAAUAAACAACUUCUUUUGAAUGUGGGCAGCACAGGAUUUGCUCUUUUGUGAUUAUGAGAUGUGUUCAGCUGUUGUUGAUGAGCUACAAACUUUCAAGGAGACAAUGUCAUCCUGUGACUCUGGGAAGUGAUACAAAGCAGUGUAAGAUGAAAUGUCUUCAUAGGCCUUAAAAACAUCUGAAAUUUAGUGUAUUUACCUCCUGACAGUCGAACUUGACUAUAAGUGGGCUCUGUGAUGUAAUUCUCAUAUCAAUUUAAUGUUCUUAACUGCUCUUGUAUAUAUUCAUUAUCAUAAAACAUAUAUUCAAAAUGCUCAGUUCUUUUUUUAAAAAAAGUGUUUCAUUUUAAGAAAAUUCUUUUAGCUUCACCAAUAUUUAUUGUACAACUUGUAGAGGGAAGACUUUUGGUGCACUAAUAGAUUUUGUGGAGAUCAGUGAAUUUAUCUGUUGUUAAUGUCAGCUUUGCCAUAGGAAUAUUUUACACUGUGUUGCUUAUGAUACAGGAAAAUAUUGAUAGUUUUGAUAUUUCUAAACUGAGUGCAAGUCUUUUGUAGCACAGCUAUGGAAAAACUGAGAUUUUACUUUAUUCAGUAAAAAAAAUUGAAAACUAUUUGUAAUUAUAUAUCUA